GAUAUCGGACUCGCCAAGACGCUUGCCGCCAUGCAGAAGCAGCUGGAUCAGCUCACCAAGCAAACCCCGCCCACCAAGGACACUCCGUCAAACGGUCACGGUGGUGGGCGGGGAAGUGGCGCUGAAGAUAAAGACGAGAAACCUGAUGCUUUGGUCGCCAAGGCUAACGAGUUGGAAACGGCCAUCAAAGCAUGCAAGAGCGAGUACAUGGAGGAAGCCCGCAAGUCCUCCGAGGCUCAACUCCGCGAGGUUCGCAAGCAGAUCGAAGGCCAGAAGAGUGACGUCACGCAGCACGCCAACUUGGGGCACAAGCUGGCGCGCAAGGAGAGUCAACUCAAAAAGGCAGUGGAGGAAGCUGAGGAGCAAGAGAAGGCUAUCAAUGAUGCCACGGCCAAGAGGGGCGAGCUUCAGGCGAAGCAGAUCGUGCUCAAGGCCGAGAUCGACGACAUCAGGGUUCAGCUCAAGCAGUCUCCUCUCGCUGGUGGCGGCGAUUUUGAUUUCACUAUCCCUGGCCAUCUGUUGGAAGGCAAAGACGAAGUCAAGACGCUCAUCCAGACCGACGCUUUCAAGCAGUUCACGCAGCUCUUCGCUCAGCCCAGGACGAAGCAGGAGCCGCGUACUGAAGCUGCUGGCGAUGGUGAUGGUGAUGCUCAAAUGGACGAUGCUUUCGUGUCCACGGCAGAGGCUGAAAGUUUCUGGGAGCAGCAUCGAGGUGAUAAACGCGUUAUCGUGCAAGCGCUGGUGGCCGCCAAGUUCAAGAAG